CCCAUCCGGGGCGAGAGAGGAGCCGCGGGCCGAGGCAGGCUGGGCCGGGGGCUGCCGGGCCCUCGACCCCCACCGUGACCCCGCGGCCUCUAGCCCGCCCCCAAGAUGAUGAAGAGGCAGCUGCAUCGCAUGCGGCAACUGGCCCACACGGGCAGCCUGGGACGCACCCCGGAGACUGCAGAGUUCCUGGGUGAGGACCUGCAGCAGGUAGAGCAGCGGCUGGAGCCAGCUAAGCGAGCAGCCCACAAUGUCCACAAACGGCUGCAGGCCUGUCUGCAGGGCCAGAGCGGGGCGGAAAUGGACAAGCGGGUGAAGAAGCUUCCCCUCAUGGCUCUGUCCACCACGAUGGCCGAGAGCUUCAAGGAGCUGGACCCCGAUUCCAGCAUGGGGAAGGCCUUGGAGAUGAGCUGUGUCAUUCAGAACCAGCUGGCCCGCAUCCUGGCCGAGUUUGAGAUGACCUUGGAGAGGGACGUACUGCAGCCACUCAACCGGCUGAGCGAGGAGGAGCUGCCAGCCAUCCUCAAGCACAAGAAAAGCCUGCAGAAGCUGGUGUCCGACUGGAACACGCUCAAGAGCAGGCUGAGUCAGGCGGCUAAGAACUCUGGCAGCGGUCAGGGCCUGGGUGGCGGCCCGGGCAGCCACACCACCACAGCCAACAAGGUGGAGACGCUGAAGGAGGAGGAGGAGGAGCUGAAGAGGAAGGUGGAGCAGUGCAAGGAUGAGUACUUGGCCGACCUGUACCACUUUGCUACUAAGGAGGACAACUAUGCCAACUACUUCAUCCACCUUAUGGAGAUUCAGGCCGAUUAUCAUCGCAAGUCUCUGAGCUCGCUGGACACGGCCCUGGCUGAGCUGAAGGAGAACCACAGCCAAACAGACCCCUCCCCCUCGAUGACGGCCGCCCCCUUCUCCAGGGUGUAUGGGGUGCCUCUGGGAACCCACCUCCGAGAGCUGGGCCGGGACAUCGCCCUGCCCAUCGAGGCCUGCGUCAUGAUGCUGCUCUCUGAGGGCAUGAAGGAAGAGGGCCUCUUCCGUCUGGCCGCCGGAGCGUCGGUGCUGAAGCGCCUCAAGCAGACCAUGGCCUCGGACCCCCGCAGCCUGCAGGAGUUCUGCUCUGACCCCCACGCUGUGGCAGGUACCUUAAAAAAAUGUUUAAAUGUCCCAUGUGGUGUCUUUGCUGCUCUUUGGAAACCCUGGGUUGGUUGGGAAGGUCUCAGGUCUUGGGGGCAUCCAUGGGUAUUCAUGGCCUAAGAUAUCCGGCCACUGGUCCAAGCCUCCUUCCCACCCCCCAGGUAUCUGAUGAAGUUCCUAGCACAGCUGGCCGAGGAGCAGGAGGUGAACAAGAUGACACCCAGCAACAUCGCCAUUGUCCUGGGGCCCAACCUACUGUGGCCCCCUGAGAAAGAAGGGGACCUGGCCCAGCUGGAUGCAGCCUCGGUCUCAUCCAUCCAGGUGGUAGGCGUGGUCGAGGCUCUGAUACAGAACACCGACACCCUCUUUCCUGGAGAUAUCAACUUCAAUGUGUCGGGCCUGUUCUCAGCGCCUGCCCCCCAGGACAAGGUCAGCGACAUGCCGGCUUCUGAGGAGCUUCCAUCGAUUCCCACACCCACCCCGGCCGCUGUCCCAGCCUUAGUGGCUACCAAGGAAAGGGCAGAGUCCGAGAUGCCCCACAGACCAACCUCCCCCAAGGUCAGUCGGAGCCCCCCAGAGGCGGCCGCCCCAGCAGAGGAGAUGGCUCGGAGGACCAAGCGCCCAGCACCCGCCAGGCCCACCAUGCCGCCCCCCCAGGUCUCUGGCACCCGCAGCUCCCCUCCAGCGCCACCCUUGCCUCCUGGCUCUGGCAGCCCUGUGACACCUCGGGCGCUGCCCCGCCGUCUGGUUGGCAGCAGCCUCCGGGCCCCCACGGUGCCACCCCCGUUGCCUCCCACUGCCCCCCAGCCUUCCCAGCGUCAGAGCCGGCGCUCACCAGCUUCCCCCAGCCCGGCCUCUCCAGGUCCGGCCUCUCUCAGCCCGGUCAGUCUGAGCUCGCCUGCACAUGUGGACCUGGGGGUGGCCCCUGAGGAGGGCGAGGCCCCUGAGGCUGCAAGCAGGGCCCCCACUGCCCCAGUCAUCCCCCCUCAGGCCCGGCCCAGGAGCCUCGCCUCAGAGACCAACUGAGCCCACAGCUCCCCCACGACACCCCUCAGCACCCCUUCCCUUCCACCUCAUCCUCCCAGGACACAGCCCUCACCCUCCCAAGGGGGGGGGCCUCCAGCCUUUGCCUAAAGUGCCUUGGUGCCCGCUGGGUCGGCCCCCACGGCAAGAAGGACUCAGGACAGUCCUCCACUUCCAGACCUUUUCCUCUUGGAUCACCCU